CACCACUCCCCUCCCCCGCCCAUACCUGGGGCCUCUGACACCCAAAGCCUAGAAGCUCAGGCACUGGGCUCAGCUCUGACCUGCCGUACAGCAUGGCAGCCCCUAAAGGCGUGGCCCACAGCCCUGCUAUCCGUACAACAUGGCCGCCUACAGAGCGCGAACCGCUCCCCCUCCCGUCCAAUCACCGGAAGUUUCCAUUUGAAAGCCGGGCGGCAUACCCGGUCGCUGGUGCGGCAGUUGCCGAGGAGCCUCCUUUGAACCAGGGCAACGAGGGCUGCGGGCAGGAGCUGCAGGAGCCUGGGGCCCAGCCGUGCCGCCUCGUUACGAUGACCAGCGUGGUUAAGACAGUAUACGCUCUGCAACCCCCCGCUGUGCAAAGCGGCGGCCUGCCGGCAGACACACAAACUCGAGCCACUUCUAAGAGCCUAUUACCCGUUAAGUCCAAAGAAGCGGAUGUUUCCAGACUUCAUUCAGGAGGUUCAGAGAAUGAUGUUACAAAAAUCACCAAACCGAGACGAGAGAAUAGGCAGGUAAAAGCUGCAGAUGCUGCCAUGAGGAAGAACAUCAGAAAGAGUUACAAACCGCUGAGUAAGCAGAAAUCAGAGGAAGAGCUCAAGGAUAAGAACCAGCUCUUAGAGGCCAUCAACAAGCAGCUGCACCAGAAGUUGACUGAAACUCAGGGAGAACUGAAGGACCUGACCCAAAAGGUGGAGCUGCUGGAGAAGUUCCAAGACAACUGCUUGGCAGUUUUGGAGAGCAAGGGCCUCAACCCAGUUUUAGGCAGUGAGACCCUGGCAUCACAGCGGGAAUCCGCCACAGAUCACACGGACUCUAUGUUGCUGUUAGAAACUUUGCAAGAUGAGCUGAAGUUCUUUAACGAAACGGCCAAAAAGCAGAUGGAGGAGUUACAGGCCUUAAAAGUCAAGUUGAAGAUGAAAGAAGAAGAGAGGGCCCGGUUCCUAGAACAGCAGACUUUAUGUAACAGUCAAGUAAAUGAUUUUACAGCAGCCCUGGAGGAAAUGGAGCAGCUAUUAGAAAUGUGAUAAAAAGCAAGUAACCAGAUGGCUCCCACAGGGGAAGCCACUCAGGACAUCUGCUUCUUGGCCAAGACCUUCUAGGACUCACCAUCCCCAGAAUGGAGACAUUUGCUGCAGUAGGAUUAAGGACAGUCUAUGCUAGAAUGGCGCUUCCUCCUUCAGGCAAGCGAACGCCACCCUCAGACUGGUGGGUUCCCCCGAACCUCACACACACAUAAUCGAGGCUGACAAGGGGGGGAGGUGCAAAAGCUUGAUCGACCUGCUAGGCAACAAAGCAGCAGGCCAUUAGAAUCAGGAGACCAAACCAGCCACAGCCAGAGGAUCCCAAAGGUCACAUUCAGAUGUGUAGGAAGAAAACCUUAAUUAUGCAUUUGGAGUGCAGAGGUUCCAUGGGAGACAUCAGUGGGAAGUGAUCCUGUCCCCUUCUAACUUGGAACACAUUCCUCUCAUCCUGGUUGGGCUCUAGACCUCAUUGUAAGUUAAUGAACGUGAAGUUAUUGAAAUGGCUUAAUAAAUGGGGUGAGGGUAUAGAUAGCAAUAACACCUACCUGAAAUAGUACACCUUGGAGCUUUUAGUCUAAAUCACUUCUUUUAUUUUUUACUAAGUGCUACUUUUAAAAUAAAUAUUUCUGUGACUAUCCAGGCUAUAACACUGAGAAAUGAAAAGAAACCUUUUAACUGAAGUACGUCCACCGAAUACUCUUGACCUAAUUCAGUGAACAAGUUCAAGACUCCAAUGUAACCCAGAAUAUUUGUCUUCCACUUCAGUGCUCUGUGGCUAGCCCUGCUGUGUUCCAGGAGCGGUAGCUGGUCUUCUGAGGGUGUCCCCUGUUUGUGGCGGUGGGUGCCUGACUCCACCCCCAGCUGUGUAUCACUGGCUGCCUGUGCCCUGCCUGUAUUCCUGAGCCUGCUUAUCUACUGCUCUUUGCACAGCCAAUCCUAGGCCUGGCCCUGUGGCUCCCUAGGUAGCCGAGGUCAGUGGUAGGCUUCCCCCCGGGUUUACCAAAGGCACAGCUCUAUUUCAUUUCUUAGUUGAUCUAGGCAGGCUUUGGCUCUGGCUCUCUUCCAUGUUUUUCUGCAUCUCCCAAUUUCUUCACCAACCUCCCCCCUCCCCUCUUGAUACCACCCAGUCAGGCCAAGGAACACCCCCACCCUAACUUUCAGGGCUGUCUCUUUGCCUUCCACACAGAUACUCACACAGUUGGUUAUGUCCCAAAAAUUAGGAGGGGGUAAACCCAGUUACAUAACUCUCACCCGUGAGAAGAGCUGAAUAUUUUCUUCUACCCAUUUUCAGCAUGUUUAUACUUUAAAAGAUUAUUUACCCAAAUGAAUUUGUAAUUGGCAUUUCUGCCCCCCCCCCACUUCCUUCUUGGCAGGAGAGGGGGAGAACUCAGCUGUGGGAUCCUCACCUCCUUGUCAGGCCUCCCUAGUUAACACCUGGGAAUGUAACUCUCAAUGCCUGUGACUCCUCUCGCCCAGUGCCGAAACCCUGGUGGCUGGUGGCCUGGGCUCCCGAGGGGCCUUCCCCUCACGGUUCUCUGUAGCACCAGCCGGCACUGGUGCCCCUCUGCCUUUUCUCUUGAUUCCUCCAACCUCUGUUGCUCCAUCUGCCUUUUGUACGUGUGGAGGUGUGGGCUCUUCAUCUGUUCUGGAGGCUGGACGAACCCAUGUUAGAGAAACUCAGCAAAUAGUGACCUGUGCCCUCCACUUCGCCAGAUGCUCUAGGAAGCUUUAAUGUAGCAUGGCAUUCUUAACCUCAAAGAUGCUUGCAAUCUCUUCGGUAAAACUUACACGUGCAGGUGACAUAUAAGUGAAAUCGCCAACAGCAACACCUUACUAACUGUGGGCUGUGCGGCAUAGCUGUGCGCUCUAGUAGUUCACUAUGGGCUACUUUGGUUGCGGAGGGCUUGAUGAAGGACGUAGACCGGAGAGUGAAGGAAGAGUAACAGUUGGAGAGGCUAGCUGGAAAGUGGAGGACCUUGCAGGGCGGUGAGCCCGUGGAGGUUUGGGGAGAGGAGCAAGCUCAGGUCAUGGUAGCCCCACGUCCUUUCCCCACACCUUGCCCUCUGCAUCUCUUCCGCCGGGCUCUUCCCGAGUUACAGCCUGUGUGGUAAACUGAUCACCUAGUAAAUAAAAGGUUUCUCUGAGUCUGUGAACUGCUCUAGCAAAUGAUAAACCCAAGAAGGCGGGGGUGCCACUGGAAGCUCCAGGGGGAAAAUAAAAUCAUGAACUGCUGAAGGAAAGAAUAGAGAGCUGAGAUGAGUCUUGGGGAAGUGAGUUGGGGAACUGGGCUUGUUCAGAGAUUCAAGGUGAGGGGAUUAUGUCUGACACUUAAUUGAGCACUUAUACUCUGCCAGAUACACAUAACUCCUUGCUGCACUUCUCAGGUAAUCCUCAUUACCAUCUCAAGGUAAGCACUAUUACCUCUUUUUACAGCUGUGAUGUUAGUUAGGUUGAUUUACCCAAGAUCAAACAACAAGCAAAUAUUGGAGAAAGAUUUGAGCCAGGGAAGAAUGGGGCAGGAGGUACUUGGUGUUAGUAGAAGUCUUGAUCCUUUGGGGCGCCUGGGUGGCUCAGUUGUUAAGCGUCUGCCUUCGGCUCGGGUCAUGAUCCCAGGGUGCUGGGAUCGAGCCCUGCAUCGGGCUCCCUGCUCAGCGGGAAGCCUGCUUCUCUCUCCCCCACUCCCCCUGCUUGUGUUCCCUCUCUAGCUGUUUCUCUCUCUGUCAAAUAAAUAAAAUCUUUAAAAAAAAAAAAAAAAAGGAGUCUUGAUCCUUGAAUGCCAGGCUAAGAAGUGUGGAUUUUUAUCAUCUAGGCCAGAGGUUUCCAAAUUCUCAGUUCAAGAUGCCCCUAGUUAAUGUCCUAGUAAUAUUUAUGACACCCAAAGAAGUAUCAGUAGUUCUAUUUUAAGUGAUCAGAUCUAACAACUUAGUAGGUAUUUGAAAAAAUAUUUUUAUUUCAUUUUUAAAUAACUACAAUUAUUCGCUAGUGGAAUUGUCCACACAAAAUGAACAAACUUUCUAGAAUCGCUAAAAGUAAGGGGGGGCACCUGGGUGGCUCAGCAGGUUAAGCUGCCAGCUAAGGUCAUGAUCUCAGGGUUGUGGGAUCAAGUUUUGCCUUGGGCUGCGUGCUCAGCGUAAUCUGCUUGUCCCUCUCCUUCCCCAUCUGUGCCUCCACCACCUCACACCGUCUCCGCUAAAAAAAGUAAGGAGUUUUAUUAGGGCCCAAGUUAGGACAGCUGUCUGGGGAAACAUGCUCUUCACAAGGAAGACAGUGCUCCGGAAAAUGAACAGGUUUGUUUGUUUUUUAAAGAUUUUAUUUAUUAGAGAGCGAGCGAGAGAGAAACAGCAUGAGAGGGGAGAGGGUCAGAGGGAGAAACAGGCUCCCCACUGAGCCAAGAGCCCAAUGUGGGGCUUGAUCCCAGGACUCCGGGAUCAUGGCCUGCGCCGAAGGCAGUCGCUUAACCAGUUGAGCCACCCAGGCGCCCUAAAGAUUUUUUAUUUAUUCAUUAGAGAGACAGAGCAUGAGAGCACGGGCAGGGGAAGGGGGGACGGUCAGAGCAAGAGGGAGAAACAAACUCCCCAUUGAGCAGGGAGCCAACUUGGGGUUCCAUACCAGGACCCCAGGAUCACGACCUGAUCUGAAGGCAGUUGCUUAACUGGCUGAGCCACCCAGGCACCCCAAGAAUGAACAGUUUUUAUGGUGUUAUCCUUUUUUAUGUCUUAUAAAAGCUCAAAAGAUUACUUUUUUAAAGAUUUAUUUGAGGGGGGCUAGGGGGGCAGAGGGAGAGUGAGAAUCUCCAGCAGACUCCCCUCCCCUCGGAGCCCGAGGCAGGGCACAAUCCCAUGACCCUGAGAUCAUGACCUGAGUGAAAAUCAAGAGUCAGAUGCUUAACCAACUGAGCCACCCGGGCGCCCCUCUUUUGUUGUUGUCGUUUUUUAAGAUUUUAUUUAUUUAUUUAUUUUUAAGAUUUUAUUUAUUUAUUUGAGAGAGAAUGAGAGAGAGCACAUGAGAGGGGAGGGUCAGAGGGAGAAGCAGACUCCCUGCCGAGGAGGGAGCCCGAUGCGGGACUCGACCCCGGGACUCCAGGAUCAUGACCUGAGCUGAAGGCAGUCGCUUAGCCAACUGAGCCACCCAGGCGCCCUAAGAUUUUAUCUUUAAGUAAUCUCUACACCCAACGUGGGGCUCAAACUCACACUGCCCAGAUCAAGGUCACAUGCUCCACUGACUGAGCCAGCCAGGCGCUCCCACAGUCAAAUUUCUGAGUUUGCACUGUCUGUCCUCUUCCGCUUUCAAUCUGGCUUAAAGACAAAAACAGUCCUAUGAGAUACCUAAAGUACCUGAGUACCUGAGGUACUCUCCUUCACAGAGACAGAAUGUAGAAUAGAGGUUACCAGGGGCUGGGAGGGGCAAGGGCAGGGGAAUUACGGUUUGAUGGGUACACAGUUUGUUUGGCAUGAUGACAAAAUUCUGAAAAUGGAUAGUGGUGAUGAUAAUGGCAUAGCACUGUGCAUAUACUUAAGCCACCGAAUUGUACGCUUAAAUAUGGUUAAAAUGGCAAAUUGUUAUGUAUAUUUUACUUUUUGAAGAAAAUGUAUUGAGGCGUCACGAAGUAUACUAACCUUAAAUGUACAUGUCAGUAAAGUACUGCCCCCCUCCAUUCUGACAGAAAAUCACCAUCUAUGGGUAUUGUCUUUUCUUGAACUUUAUAUAAAUGGAUUUGCCCAUCUCAUCAGUGUAAAAUGUAUUGGCAUAAAUUGCUCAAAAUUCCCCCGUCUUUUUUCUAUCUAUAGGACCUGAAGGCUGACUUCUUUUUCAUUCUUGGUAUGAGCAGUUUGCAAUUUCUU